AUGUUGGCUUCAUUGAGGUCCGCCGCACUGGUGUGCAUCGCGUAUCAGAGCCACAUAGUAUUCAGUCGCCCGCAUCAUGCUGCUUCAACUUCUGUUUACCAAGACAGAGAUGUCUGUCAAGCCCACAUAUCACCUUUCGACUACUCUGCCAAGAUCAGAGGUCGGGAAGAUGAGCCGGGGCUUUGCUUCCUCGUAGAAGCCUCAAGUUCUGAUCUCCUGAUGAGCCGCCAGGCAUCGGGUGAUGAUGAUUAUUCUUGUUCCGAAACUAAGCCUUGUAAGAAUGGGGCCUGUUGUCCUAAGGCGACGGGAUUCUGUAACUACGGCGAGAAGGCUUGCGGUACCACUGGUACCAGUCCGAACGAUGUUUGUUGGUCAAACUGUGACGCUCAUGCCGAGUGUGGACGGAACUCAGAUCCUCCUGGAAAGGAAUGCCCCCUCAAAGUGUGCUGCUCCCAAUUUGGUUUCUGCGGUACAACAGGAGACUUCUGUAAGAAAACCGAUGACGAAGAGACCAGUUGUCAAAGUAACUGCGACCAGCCAGGCUCGGGCUCUUCAGGCGGAGAUGUGCAAAAGCGCGUCAUCGGCUAUUACGAGGCUUGGGCCCAUGAUAGAGAAUGUCAAAACAUGAACUUCAAAGAUAUCCCCGUCGGCGCCUUGACCCAUGCUUACUUCUCUUUCGCCUACAUCACCCCCGGAAAUUUCCUCAUUGCCCCUAUGGACGACCUCAAACCAGACCUGUUUGAGUAUUUCACCGCUAUCAAGUCUGCUAACCCUGGACUGAAAACGGUCGUUGCUGUUGGCGGGUGGACUUUCAACGAUCCCGGAGCCACACAAUCGGUAUUCAGCGACAUGGUGGGUAGUGCUGAGAACCGCAAGACUUUCAUCGGUAACCUGAUGGGGUUCAUGCGCAAAUAUGGCUUUGACGGUGUCGAUUUCGAUUGGGAGUACCCUGGCGCACUAGAUCGGGGUGGUAAGGAGAAGGACGGUGAGAACUUUGUGACUUUCCUUAAGGAGUUAGAUGAGGUCAACAAGCAACAGCCCGAGAAGUAUGUCGUCUCGUUCACGGUGCCCACCAGUUACUGGUACUUGAGGUGGUUUGACCUCGAGGCCAUCAACCAUGUGGAUUGGGUCAACGUCAUGAGUUACGACCUUCACGGAAUCUGGGACUCGACUAACCCAAUAGGCAACCAAACCCUCGCCCAUACAAACCUCACCGAGAUCAAAUUAGCUUUCGAUCUUUUCUGGAGGAACGACGUUUCGGCUGGGAAACUCAACCUGGGCCUAGGGUUCUACGGAAGAAGUUUCCAACUUUCUGACCCUACAUGCCACUCUCCGGGAUGCCUGUUCAAAGGCGGUGCCUCGCCUGGUCCUUGCAGCCAGAAAUCCGGCACACUGACUUAUCGUGAAAUUACGGAUAUCAUUAAAAAUAACAAAUUAAAGCCAUACUAUGACAAGGAGAAUGCGGUAAAGUACGUCACGUGGAACCAGGACCAAUGGGUUUCGUACGAUGACGCCGAUACAUUUAAGCAGAAGAUCGACUUUGCUAACGACCAGGGUCUGGGUGGUCUACUGAUCUGGGCCAUUGACCAAGAUACGGAUGACCUGGAGGCCCUUCGCGGUGUCGUCGGCGAGAACAAUCUCAAAUUAUUCCAAAGGCAGGCCCAGAGUAAGGACCAAUGGGAGGGUGUAUCUGUUCCCGACUGCUACGUGACCGACUGCGGCGACCACUGCAACGCGGGCUUCAUCAAGGUCACGACCCAGCCGUGCGGCGGGGCCAAGUUCUUCACUCGCCACUCCACCGAGAAGGACAGCGAGCUCUGCUGUCCUCUCGACGGCGCUCCUAGCAAGGACCAUUGUAGGUGGAGAGGCGGUGCUCCGUCUUGCAAUGGCCACUGCCAAGAGAACGAAGUUACAGUUGAGCUCAAUCGCUGGGGCGACGGGGAUUACUGCGAAGAUGGGAACAAGGCCUAUUGUUGCGAGACUUCUCUGGAAAAUACCUGCUACUGGACCGGAGAGGGACAACGCUGUAAUGGAGAUGACGAAGCUAUUACGUUCGCGGGAACUUUCCUGCAGCGAUUGAGCGAUAUCGCCGGGACUUUCUUGGGUUUGGUCGGUCUUGUUCUCGAAGAGGCCUUAGAGGAGGCGAACAUAGACCUUCUGAAGCUUUACUGCUGUCCCAAGAAAGACAUCAGCAACUGGCAGAAUUGCGCCUGGUACGGAGAGCCGGGGAGCUGCUUCGAUAACCACUGCCCGGUCGGCCAUUCUGUGCAACUGACAACAAACGCCUACGGCGAGGGUGAAGACUGCGGCAUUCGCCUCGAGAGAUCUCGAGCGUUCUGUUGCGACCCCGCCAACGGACAAUCGCCAUUCUUGCCCGUCUCCCUGGACAAGCUGUUCCCGAACCCGCCUGAGGGCGACAACCUAGACACGGACUACGAGCUGGAGACCGACGAUACGUGGGGCACCGGCACCGCCAAGGCGCCCGACAACGAGCCCUCGGACGCCGCAUUCCAGUUCGUCGUUAUGGCUUCGCCUGAGGAGCUGCAGGUGUCGCUCGACAAGCGCGACGGGUCGCACUGGCUGCUAAACUGCGAGAACGCGACCAACGCGGAGGAGGCGCAGACGGUCAAGAUGAUUUGCACGGACGUGUCGGAGGACAGCAACUGCCACAAGAUCGAGCUCGGCCACGGCGUGCCGGGCACUAUCCUGCAGAUGCCGCCGAACUGCGGGCCCGGGAAGUACGCCGUCGCCGUCGGCAUGACUCCCUCGCCGCAUCAGAUCCUCCCGCGACAGCUGCGCCGCAGCCUCGCCCACACCCCCGUCGUCUACGACCUCACGUUCGACUACGACUUCACCCGCGUGCCGCGCGACGUCGGCGACACGCAGGUGCGGAUCGACUUCAGCAAUGAGGUAGGCUAUUGGGAUGAGAUCGUGUCGGCGGCGGCAUCUAAGCGCAAAACUAAGCGAUCCUUGCACGACGUCCAGGGCAACCACGUCCGGUGGCUAGAGGAGGAAUACCGCGACGACGCGCACUUCGGGCUCGCGUCGCGGGACGAGUUGCACGCGCGCUGGUUCGGGUCCGGCAUCAUCGCCUGGCUGAGCGAGAUGCUGUCGCCGACCAUCUCGCGGGAGUUCCGCCACGUCCUGGACAAGACAUACCUGCUAAAGAUAAUCGAUGAGACGUGGCAGUGCCCUCUGCACGACGGCCGCCUCCUGGCCCAAGCCGAGACCGACGUGCGCGUUGAGUCCAGCUUCGGUUUCACCCUCGUCUGCAAGCUGCCGGCGCCGGGCCAGAAGUUCGAUCUGAGUCAGUCCUACCUCACCUUCAGCAACAAGGGCGACAUUACGGCCAUCUUCCGCCUCGAGGCCUACUUGGACCUGCACUACGACAGCCAGGAGAAGUCGAUGCUGCGGGUGCCCUUCCCGGGUGCGUCCUUCUACAUACCAGGAAUUGCCGAGAUCGGGCCAGCAGUGAACCUGAAGGCGCGCGUCGAGGCGCAGCUGGUGGUCUCGGCCGUCAUGGAGACGCGCGUGGAUGUAGCCUCGUGGGAGUUCUCGCAGACGUUGCCCGCCAACGACAAUUUCAAGCCGUCGGAGCCGGACGAGGCCGACUACGGCAACUCGGGCGACUUCCAGGGAGUACAGGCGCCCGAGUUCUAUGCCGGUAUCACGGCCGACGGCCGCGCCAAGCUACACGCCAUCGCCGCCAUCGAGUUCGGCAUCAAGAUCAACGAGCGGUGGAACAUUGACGGCGACGCGCUCGCCUCCGUCGUCGCUGACGGUUGGAUCGAGGCCACCGCCCACUCUUCUUUCACCACGGAUGGCAGCUGUCCAUUCACUUGGGGGAUCAACAUCGGAGUAGACUUGUAUGCAAAGGCCGAAGCACCGUCCGUGUUCAACUGGAACCUGCCGCGGUUCAACCUUCCGGGCUCAGGCAUGAAGCCCAUCAUACCGAUGGAAGAGUGUCCGGACCCUAGCGCCGGACUCCCUGAUAAGAGGGACACGGUGAGGCUACACACCGCAUUAAUAGAUGCCGACGACGUCUCAGCCAACGCGAGCCAAGCACUCGGUCCCCUCUCACAGCGACAGGCUCUGGACAAGCGAGAAAGGAUCACGGUAGAGCCGGUCAUUAAAAUCGGAGCUCAGUCCUUGCUCUGCCCCGAGAGCAGCCAAAGCGAAAAUGGAGGAGACGACGCCCCUUGUUCGCAGAUCAAAGGCUGGGAGCCCGACCAGUACUCGAACGCUCUGAGACGACGCUACUUCGUAGAAUAUGGCAAUUCAUCCGAUGCCGAACAUUGGCAUCAGUGGAGCCGCCGAGUUACAGAUUCCCGCCGGACUGUAAAGGCGUGUGCAAGUACUUCCAAGGCAGGUGUCUUGCUCCUAGCUCCUCCGUACGAUACGAGUGGUUCGCUCAACACGAAAGUGAAAGACGUACGUGUGUACGGGUACACCAACCCCGGUCAGUGCAAUGAUUUCGGCUUCGACGGCAACCAGCAGUACCCUACCACCGGCCUCGACACCGACUGGGCUACCGAGCACAUACUAGAGCUCCAGCUCGUAGCCCAAUUCAUAGACGAGGUAAACAAGGACGUAAGGCAGACUCUCCCGAAUUACGCUCCCGGCGCCGGCCCCCCGCAAACCUUCUGCCAGGCCGUCAAGACGCUCUGGGUUGGCGUCCCGGAGGCCUCGCGCUUCGCACUCGACAACGUGAAGCGCGAUCCCGUCAACCACGUGCUCGCCGUGCUUCCCGGGAACGACAACAAAUACCUCAGCGAGUUUGUGCUCCUCGAUUCCGGCGUUAAUACCGCUAAGGAACGGAUGUUCAGCAGGGACCCGACGAUCCAAAACGACGACACGAUGUUGAAGUACGAGGGGGGGGGCCACCGGGCGGUCAAGAACCUGAAGGACGUGAUGACAGCGAUGAAGUACCUGCAGGACGACACGGUGGCGAAGCGACUAAAGGCUCAGAAGGAACGGAUCGCGGCGCGGUUCCUCGAGCUAGACGUGAAUCAGCUACCGAAUUGGGUGCGCCGAGACAGCAAAGGCCAAGCGUACGGCCAGUGGCAGCCGCUGGGUCUCGAGGGCCGUUGGGACAUCUUCAUCCGCGACAAGUGCACGACCGCGAGCGCCAAGGCCGUCACACACAUCGACGACCACCUACACAAGCUGAAAGAUGCUUACAUCAACGAUUUCAUGAAGGGACAGGCGGACAAGCAGGCGGCAGAAGGUGAUACGGGCCUGAAGGAUCUCAUUGAGAAGAUCGAGAAGAUCGACGUGGCGUGGAAGGAAUAUAAGCCGAAGUCUUGGACAAAUCCCUUUUAGAUAAAUUUUUGUUCAUCUUAUAUAUACUCGUGAUAGCGGAAGAAUUAUUAUUUGGUUACAACCUAACUGUAUUCAGCCCAAUGGCUGCCGGAAUAUUACAUCGUCGAAGAUAUUAAUGGGCCGGAGUCCAGGCGAUGAUAAGCUUGGGUGGAGAAAGGAUUGAAAGGGAUAAAAAUGUUGUGCCCGAGUUCACGAGGGAUAUGCUUUGACUUGUGAUUAAAUCUGGAUUAAAC